GCCGUGUCAAAACGAUGGCGGCGUCCAAGCUUCCCUACGCAGCCCUCUCCUUUAAACAGUUUUUACAGAGACAGAAGGUGUUGGGGAUUUACAGGAACAUCCUGCGGAGCAUCAGGCAGGUGCCGGACGAGGCGGACAGGAAGUACCUCAGAGACUGGGCAAGAGAGGAGUUCAAGAGGAACAAAAUGGCCACUGACCAGGACGCCAUUCGAAUGAUGGUCACACAGGCCAACAACCACCUGGUGGAGCUGCAGAAAUCUCUGGCCUUGGCCAAAAGUUAGCAGAUCACAGGGGCUGGAAUUUGCUGCUGUGGAUUUUACUGAGGAGAGACUCAUCAAAUGUUGGGGUAACCAUGGAAACAGGGAAACCCCUCCUCACUACCAUGGCUCGUAACUUGCCAUGGAUGGACAGUAUGACCCUGAAAGUAUUGCCCUACAUUUGAGAGACUGAUCAGUCUGUGCUCUGAACUAUAUUUAAUAUGUAUUAAAUGGACAAUAAUGAAACUGCAGGCAGAUUAAGAACAAUUUCUUUAAUACAAAAUAUGCUUUCUGGCUUCAUCAUACAACAGUGCAUGGUUCAUAUAAAAACUAACCCAGAGUCACUACGUCACAUGUACAGCAGACAGUAAUACUGCGACACAACAGUGAGCGUUCUUCAUGUUUCAACAUGUUCUGACUGAAUUCAGCUUCAGUGUCACCAUUGUGCUUUACGGGUAAACAUGAUCGGUAAGGCAGGGUGCAUUCUGGGAAACCGGGGUUAUAGGUAGCGAGCUGUUUAUGAUGAGAACUUGUUGUGAACUGCAGUCAGACAGACUCACGCAGGUGUUGCGUCACAUUUUACUGCCUAUUUAAGUGGAUUGUAAACACUUUGUUCUUCUCUCACUUUUAACUAAGACACUAGAGUUAAUAUGGAGCGACUAUUUAUGACACAAACUAAGAUGGAAGCACGAGGAUGGAGACUUCAGAGUAGUUCACAGGUUGUAAAGUUGAAUGUUUAGAGUCUGGAGUUGCCAUGACAACUGAAUAAUAAUAAUAAUGCACAUUUGCAGUGUUGUCCCUUUUUGCAUUUGAUGACUUGUUUUUUUUACAUUUAUGAUAAUAUUUCAGAGAUUAAAACAAAGACAAAAGAGGUAGAAACCUCCAGAGGACAGGUCAUUACAUUAUCCCAAUUAAAAGGUGCAACAAACAAUAUUAACUUAUGUAAAAGUUUACACACCUCUGAGUUGUUAUAGACUGUAUAUUUUUCAGGGUUGCUGUUUUGAAGCCCCCAGAUUUGUGAAUGGAUCAGCACCAUGUUUGUUUUUGAAGCUGUAAAGUCACAGAUGGACAGAACAAGCUGUCAGUCACACAGUGUCCUCUCACAUGUGCUUUUUUCCACUACAUGGAAACAGAAGUCGACAUUUACUAAAGGGGUUUUUAGCGACUAGCAGCUGAGACUAUGAAAUCCUCAGGAAAAUGUUUAGUGAUAAUGAAUGAAAUUAGGAGUCGUAGUUCAUACAGCGCAAGCAGUGUCGCCCCCUGGUGACCACUUCCUGGUUAGACUCACCCUGCAAACCAGAAAAAUGCGUCCAUAUUUCCAUAACUGAGAUGUACAAAAAGGUACUUUAAAGUCGUCUGCUUUUUUUUCCCCAGGCUUCAUGUUGAAAAAUAACUGUAUUAAAACACUGCAAACGUC